CAUUUGGAAAAAAUAUCGAUAAAUACAUCCGGACAUCACUAUUUUGUUCCACCGGGAGCGUUCCAUUUUCGAAAUCGGCGCGGUUUUUUUGUGAUUGUGCCAGUUUCUUUGACCACGUGGAGUGGACUGUAAUUUCUUUUUUAAAACACAAAAUGCUAAUAAUUCGAAUACAAUAUUAUCUGUAUUUUAGUAUAAAGUAACAUUUGUGCAGUAUUAGAAGAAUUGACCACGUGUUUUUCAGAUAAGUUAUAGAAUCUCAAAAUGUAUGCAGUUCUGCUAUUCGCCGCUGCGGCGCUACUGAGCAAUUCCCGCGCAGCUAUCGUCAACAGACACAUGAAGUUACUCGACAUAAAUAACAGUAUUGAGGCUAAUACAAAGCCAACAGCUCAUCAGACCAAACGUUUCAUUACGAUUACUAAGCGGCCGGCGUCUCGCAGCGCGCACGUUGCGGGCGCGACUCUGGAGCUGACUUGCGAAGCGAUCGCUGCACCAGCGCCAUCUGUACAUUGGUUUAAGAACGAUGCUCCCGUGUAUGAGUACGACAAAGAAUCAAAUGAGGUGAUAGACACCAAUCCAUCAUCCCUUGGUCGUGUGAGGUCAACUCUACUUGUCACUCGCAACGACGCACCGUCAGAGUAUACUUGUCUUAUACUCUCUGGAUCCAAGACUGCUAGGGCCUCUACAGUUGUCUACAGUUCUGAAACCAAUACAGAUCUUACGGAACGAUCCAAGCUGGUACCACUCUCGCCAAAAAUUCUCGUCUCAUACAAAGUGUUCGUUGACAUCAUCGGCAGUAACAUCGUGUUGCCAUGUCGCGUGAAAGGACAUCCCCGACCAAUAGUUACGUGGACUGAUAAUAAUGGCGAAUCUGUGAAAAAGAAUCCAGGCAUGAAAGUCCUUCGAUCCGGAGAGCUAGUAAUAUCUCAGCUGCGCUGGAGUGAUAUGGGUGAAUUCACGUGCCGCGCAAAAAAUCUCUUUGGAUCAGCUGAAGCCAAAACAUUUGUCUAUCCGGCUCGGCCGAACGACACAGACGGUUAGACAGACGAAUAAAAUCAGCCGCGUCACACAUUACUUAAUGAAUGUUCCUGUUUUGUAAGGGCUCUUCACACUUAUGAGACUAUAUUAUUUAUUUUUAUUAAUAUUGGAAUAAACAGUUUUAUUGUAAUUCAUAAUUUUAUAAAAAUAAUACAAUGCGAAUUUUAAAUUAUUGAAACUACAAUCAAAAAGUUUAUUUUCAAUAUUCGAUGUAUUGAAUAAGUAUUAUUUUAGUAUUAUAUUGUUAACGGCCGGACCAGAGGCUUGUGUGAAGAUGCCCCAAUCGCCUAUUUUUUACAUUUUUGUUACAAACGAUCAUUAUAAAGUUUUAUUUAAAUGUGAUCUAAAUACUUAUGUAGAACUGUGAUUUAAUAAAUUCAUUUAAACAGUU